AUGUCAUCUCUGUUAAGAACGUUAUGGGGACCACAAGAGAGGGUGGCUCGACAGGAGCGUCUGGUUACAUGCUUACAAGCUAGCCAAGGGAAAGUCAUGGUGCAUGUGGAUGUCAGUGCGCUUGGUAGCCCAAGUCCGGCGAGUUAUGAAGGUUUAUGUAGAGACAACUUUGGUCGUUGGCUUAUGGGUUUCUAUGGGGAUGCUAGAGUUGUGGACAAUCUCAAAGAAGAGUUAUUAGCUAUCCUACAUGGUAUGAAGUUGGCAUGGAGAGCUAACUUCCGCAAUAUACUUUGUGUUUCUGAUUCGUUACUGGCAGUCAAUUUGGUGUUGGGACCAUUGGAUGUGUUUCAUAGUAUGCUUCUAUCAUUGCUGACAUUAAGGAGUUACUACAACAAUCUUGGAGUGUCUGUGUUUGCCAUUCUCUUUGAGAAGGAAACCAAAGUGCAGAUUUUUUGUCAAAAUUAG